AAAGAAAUAAAAAGAAAAAUAAGCCAACACAACACGAGUUCUGUUCAGACACACAAAACUCCAGUAACUUCGAGUCCACACAAGAAAAAUUCUUCAUCUCUAAUCUUCUUGUCUUCUUUCUUCUUCCUUUUCUUCUGAGUGUAGAUCUCCCCCGUAGCUCAACUGACUAAACCCAUAAAUAUUUUAACAAUAAGACCCCAAAAGUAAACAUAUUUUAUUUUCAGAAGAUAAUGCAAGAGGCUGUAGCAGCAGCUGAACCAGAAGCAGAGGAUGAGGAAGCUAAGCUCCAGUUCCUCUUCAAUGGCAAUCACUAAGCUCACUCUUCUCUCCUUCUACUAUUUGCUUUUCUCCGUUCUACUCUCUACAUUAUCUCAAGCUAAAAAAUUUCCGUUGGUCUCGGAGAUCAAGAGGCAAGAACAAGACAAUGAACCGUACGUGGGUGUGAACAUAGGCACCGACGUUUCGAACCUUCUAUCGCCUGCGGACCUUGUCUCGUUUCUUCAAUUUCAAAAGAUAAACCAUAUUAGGCUCUACGAUGCAGACCCCGAUAUUCUUAAGGCUUUGGCCAAGACUAAAAUUCGGGUCAUGAUAAGUGUACCCAAUAACCAGAUUUUAGCUAUUGGGUCCUCUAACACUACCGCCGCCGCAUGGAUCGACCGGAACGUCGUCGCUUACUACCCCGAAACGCUUAUAUCGGGCAUUGCGGUUGGGGAUGAGGUCUUUACGACGAUACCCAGUUCGGCUCCUCUGCUUCUUCCGGCGAUUCAGUCCCUCUACAAUGGUUUAGUGGCCUCGAAUCUCCAUAGCCAGAUAAAGAUUUCGACCCCUCACGCAGCUUCGGUCAUUCUUGACCCAUUUCCACCGUCCCAAGCUUUCUUCAACCAGAGUCUGACCCAGUUCGUCCUUCCUCUUCUACAGUUUUUGUCUAAAACGGGUUCGCCUCUGAUGAUGAAUCUUUAUCCUUAUUACGUUUUUAUGCAGAACAAAGGGGUUGUUCCUCUUGACAACGCGCUCUUUAAGCCAUUAACACCCUCUAAAGAGAUGGUUGACCCCAAUACUCUGCUUCAUUACACUAGUGUGCUCGACGCCAUGGUUGACGCUGCAUACUUUUCCAUGAAGAACCUUAACAUUACAGAUGUUGUGGUUCUUGUCUCGGAGAGUGGGUGGCCUUCGAAGGCCGAUUCCAAAGAGCCUUAUGCAACCAUUGAUAACGCAAAUACGUACAAUUCGAACCUGAUUAAGCAUGUUCUUGACCGCAGUGGAACCCCUUUACACCCGGAAACGACGUCGAGUGUUUACAUAUACGAGUUGUUUAAUGAGGAUUUGAGGUCACCGCCGGUGUCUGAGGCCCACUGGGGUCUUUUCUAUGGGAACUCGUCGGCGGUUUAUUUGCUUCACGUAUCGAAUAGUGGGACUUUUUUGGCUAAUGAUACGACAAACCAGACUUACUGCAUUGCCAUGGAUGAGGUUGAUUCGAAGACAUUGCAGGCGGCAUUGGAUUGGGCUUGUGGACCAGGGAGAGCUAAUUGUACAGAGAUUCAGCCUGGGGAGGAUUGUUAUUAUCCUAAUAAUGUUAAAAAUCAUGCCUCUUUUGCCUUUGAUAGCUAUUACCAGAAGGAAGGGAGGGCUGCUGGUUCUUGUGACUUCAAGGGUGUGGCCACAAUCACUACCACCGACCCAAGUCACGGGAGAUGUCUUUUUCCUGGAAGUAAGAAGUUGAGCAGUAAUAAGACAAGGCAGGUAGUGAACGCAACACAUUCAAGUAAUGGAGCAGGGGACAGAUUACAAUUCAUUGCCUUAAGAAGCAGCAAUCCAAUAAUAAGUGGAUUAAUCAAAGAAUUAGUCUCAUUUUUUGUUGUAGCUCUCUCUAGUUUGAUAUUCUUUGAUAUAAUGACUCCAUGCUGAGGCAGAAAAUAAAGCAUUUUUUAAAACAUGUAAUGUAAUGCUAUUUCUUGAUGAGCCGGUGUUCUGUAUAGAAGCUCUAUUCUUAGAUAUCUUUAUCAGAGUGCAGUGUAGUGCAGAUGAUUUUUGGUGGAGGGCUUCUCGUCUGUAAUUAACAUAUGUUUUAUAUAAGUUGAGUAUCAAGUUUUUAGUUGUC